AUGACGGUCUCCGGGCUUGCAGAGGCGGGGAGUAGCACGUAUUCCUCGAAUACGCUACAUGUAGGAGAUGGAACGUGGGAUAAUGGGCGCGACACUUUCCUGCUGCCCAAUCUUAUGGGUGUCAACUUUGAAACAAUGCGAUACAAUGGCAUGGGAAAUCGAUUUAAGAACAUGACCGGGUACAAAUCCAUGAUAAUCGCUCAUGGAGUUAUCGCGACAAUUGUUUUCUUGGGUCUCGUCCCAAUUGGAACCCUCCUAAUACGCUACUACUCACGGUGGAAUCCAUAUUGGGCCUUCAAAUUGCACGCGUGGUGUCAGGUCUUAACAUUGCUCUUGACAACAGUUGUUUUUGUGUUGGGCUGGUUUGCCGUUGGCCCGGAAAGAAGUUUGACCAACCCGCACCACGGAAUUGGCUUGGCAAUCUAUGUCAUCGUAAUUUUCCAAGUGCUAUGGGGUUGGUUUGUGCAUAAAAUCGAAAGGAAUAAGGUUCGACAUCGAGUCCCAUUGAAACUUGUGAUACACCGAUGGAUUGGCCGCGGGCUACUUCUACUGGGUAUUGUGCAGAUUCCUCUAGGUCUGACACUAUAUGGCUCCCCCAAAGUGCUAUUCAUUCUCUUCGCACUAGCAGCAUUUGGAUAUCUCGUGACAUAUUUUAUUUUAUCCUAUCUUUACGAUGACGAAGGAUAUCACCCUGGAAGCGAUCAUGGUGGAAGCAGAUACAGUCAGAGCUAUUACACAGGGCCAUCUGUUGUGGAGGAGCAGCAGCACCACCAUGGAGGAGUCGGAGAAGCUCUCGCUGUAGGCGGAAUGGCGGCAGCGCUAGCUUCAAUGUUCAAACGCAAGCCAAAAAGUCACCAUGCAAGCCAGGCAUACGAAGAGUCACGCACAUCUUAUUCAGAUGAGAAGUAUUCUGACGAGGUUUCUCGUAAAGAGAGUGGUGGUUGGGGAAAGAAGUUUCUAGAAAUCGGGGCUCUUGCUGGUGCUGGUAUGCUGGCAAAGUCAUGGUGGGAUCGCCGAAAGAAACGCGAAGACGACACCGAAUCAGGACAGUACAGGCCUGCUCACUCGCGUAGCGAUAGCUACAGCGAGGAGUCUUUAAGCCGACUUGAAGAUGGCAGACCCGAACCCAGUCACCAAGGGCCUCUCAACCGCCCUCCGAGUCGACCAGUUAGCAGACCCCAGAGCCCGGGCUCUUCAUACUACUACAACACUACAUAUCUCAGUGAGCCAGAGAGACGUCCUUCUCAUGGAAUUCGAGAUGCCUUGCUGGGCGCGGGCGCUUUUGCUGGCUUAAAGAAGAUUUUUGGGGGUCGUCGCAAGAAGGAAGACGAGGAGAAAGAUCGGUUAGAGGACAUUCGUCGUCAGGAAGAAGAGGACGAGCGACUGCAAAGAAUGAACAGCAAGCGACGACCGAACACCGGACAAGGACCCUACCCAUCACGAAGACGACCAAGCUCUUACACUGAAAGCGACCUCACACCCACUGACCUUACUCCUCGCCCCCCUCGUGCUCCAUCUCAUGGAUCUUUACUUUCUGCCGAACCCUUAGCCUCUGGCGCUAUUCAUGACCCGGUUCCAUCUGAUAUCCCUCCCCGUCCUCCAGUCCACCACGAGCUCUCAGGCGACUCAAGGUCAGAGCUACCGUUUUCCAACGAUGGCACUGAGUUUGCAACUGGCGCUGUCGCUGGAGCGGGAGCUGCUGCAGCUGCAGCUGCAUCAAGCCACCGCCGGAGUAGUGGUAGCCGAAGUCGUCACCGAGAUGAUCACGUCGAGUCACCCCCCGUAUCCGUGAAGGUGAAGAUGCACGGCGACGGAAGACAUGUUACCCUUCGCCGACUCACGGAGGAAGAAACCGCAGCAAGCCGAGAGGCAAGACGCCGUGACCGAAGAUCUUCACGACGUCGCACAGGUAGCGCAAGCUCGUUAUCCGGUGACGAGCGAAACCAAGAUCGUUGGCGUCGUGUGGAAGAGCUUGAGCGAAGACAAGCACAGCAGAUGCAGCAGGAACAAGAAGCUGCUGGACUUGGCAGGCCUCCUUCUGUAGUGCCAUCAGGCAGUCCUGCAUCUCCAAUGCCUUCUGGAUCCCAGAUCAGUGUCAUGCCGCCACCUCCUCCCAUUCCCCACCCUGCGGCUUCCGGAAACAUACCUCCUUAUGGCAGUGUGACCUCGCCGGGCACAUACACUGGCACCGAUGCUAGUGGAUCAUAUGCUAACAAUCGUCGACGCAGACGGGCUGAGCGAUCUAGAGCACGACAAGAAAGACAACAACAGCAUGGAGUAGAGUUUGAGUGA